AUGAGCGCACACGGGGGUUCUCCUCAAUCGGCUGCGCCGACCAUGGAGCAGCCUGCUUGGCAGCCAGAAAUGGCAAACGGGGAGCCAUAUUCUCGGGCGGUACAUGUGAUCAAUGUCGGACGCGCAAGAUUCGCUGCAACAGAGAAGUACCAUGCUCAAACUGUCGGACAGCAUCUCGAACAUGCACAACAACGGGGAUGGGACGGAGAGGCCACCCGGGAGGUUCGAGAGUCCUCGUCUCGAGUCAAUAGUGAUGAAAGGAAGAUUGACCGGAUCGAGGAAAGGCUCAGCGCCAUCGAGGGCCUCCUCAGGGCACGGCUUCCAGGAAAUGGGUUCCAGGGGCCACCGGCGUCAUCGUCAUCUUCCUCGGGCCCUGGGGCCAUGUCCCAGCAGAUCCCCAUGAGGCCGGCCACGGGAGCGUCGUCGUGCGCGGGGACGUCGUCGGCGGGCAACGCGCCGCUGAAGUCGGGCCACGCGGCCAGCGACAGCCACUGCAGCUCGCCGCUCGAUUUUGACUCGCCGGCCACGUACGAAGGCGGCUCGUCGCUCACGGCGCAGUCCACCCUUGCCGGCGAGUUCUUUGAGAAGGCGGUGCUGUUGGGCCGGACGCCCGGGUUCUACGGCGACGGCGGCGACGACGAGAUCAACGCCCGCAUGCGCGAUGCCCUCGCGUCUCUGAAGCAGAUGGUCGCCAUGCAGAAGGAGACGGCGUCGGCGGAUGAGCUCACCCCGGGUUGUUGCGGUGGGCAUCCUGAGGAGGGCAAGGUCGGGGGCGAGGAUGGCGCUCUACAGAAGCUGGAGAUGCCGCCCAUGCAGGCUGUGUUGGCCAUCUUGCGGAGAGUUAAAGAGUCCGGAUCAAGAGUGUUUGAAGACGACAUGGCCUUCCUCGAUAUGGACGAGUUCAUUGCUCUCUGCAAAAACGUCUACUUUGCCACCGAGGAGUUCUCCGAGGCGACCUUCAUCAUCGUCAACGCGGGCCUGUACCACAUGUUCGCGUCCGAGUUUGACGCGACCAACGACGAGGCGCUGAGGCAGCAGUACUGCGCCUACGAGGACCAGCUGCAGUCCAACCUGGACGCGGCGUUUCUGCGGCUGCCGCUGUGCCUGCCGGCGACCAUGAUGAACAUCAAGGCGCUCCUGAUCGGGACCAUGCACACCAUCGGCUACGUGUGCAAGCCCAAGCUGGCCUGGACCCUGAUAACGACGGCGGCGCGCAUGGUGCUGACGUUGGGGUUCCACCGCAUCGACAACAGCCCGGCGGGCAUGGGGGUGGCUGCGACGGCGGCUCCGGCCACAACGGCAUCCGCCACCACGGGCGCGGCGGCGACGGCAACACCAGGGUCCAUUUCCGCAGGGACAUCCCCAGCAGCAGCAGCAGCAGCAGCAGCAGCGGGGACGGCAACGAGUUCGGCCAGCGGCAAAACCAACGUCAAGGUGCUCAUCUUCUGGUACGUCUACACUAUCGAAAAGGCGCUCGCGCUCCGGCUCGGCUACUCGUCGGUGAUACGGGACCACGACAUCACCAUCCCCUACACGCUCGACACGUCGGUGCAGCCCGGCCCGUUCUCGGGCCUGGUCAACGCGUGGGUCAAGCUCGCGGUGAUCCAGUCGCGGUCGUACGAGCAGCUGUACAGCCCGCAGGCGCUGUCACAGCCGCGCGAGGUGACGGUGUCGUGCGCGCGCGAGCUGGGCCGGCAGCUCGAGGCCGUCAUGGACGAGGCGAAGCGGGCCCGGGACGCCCUGGCCGAGGCGGUGGGGCCCGACUCCAAGUACACGGGGUCGCUCGACAUGCAGCUCAAGGGCGACGAGAUCAUCUGCUACACGACGCUCACCCUCAUCUACCGCGCCGUGCCGGCUGCCGACGGCUCGGCCGACACCUUUGCCGCCGAAUGCGUCGAGGCGGCCAGGCGCGUCCUGGAGAUUCAUCAGGAAUGCAUGGCGGCCACGGCGAAUAAUAUGCAUCUGCAGGUUUCGCAAAUACAUUGGUCCAUCCUCCUCACCCCGUUCGCUCCAUUCUUUGUCCUCUUCUGCCAAACCAUCUCGACCUCGUCUUCUGCCGACCUGGCCCUCAUCCAAGGCUUUGCUGCGUCGCUGAUCCCGGCCAGCGAGUACUCGGAGCCCGUCAAGCGCCUGCAGCGGCUGUGCGACGUCUUCUGUAAGGUCGCGGCCGUCUACCUCGAGGCCAAGGCCCGGGCCAACCAGGUCGGCGACCGGGACAUGAUGCAGAUUGGGAACGAGUUCGACAUGUACUUUGGGGCGCUCGGGUUGAUGCAGCACCAGCAGCAGCACCAGCCCAUGGUGGAACCGCAGUGGAAUGCUCAGCACCACCACCACCACCAGCAGCAACAACAACAACAGCAGCAGCAGCAGCAUCAGCAUCAGCAUCAGCAACAGUUUGCUGCCGUUCAGCAACACCACCAGCAUCACCCCCAACAUGCGCAGCCGGACGUUCAGAACUUGGGAAUGAUGAUGCCCGGUUUCGACAUGGGAUUAGGCGACUGGUAUGCAGGGAACAGGAACAUCAUGGGCUUGUUGGAGGGGGACAUGUCUACAUUUGGCAUGUCGCCCGACGUUGAGCAUGGACACGGUCACGGCCAUGUUCACGGGCAUAUGGGAUGA